CCCAGCAGCAGAAGCUACGUUAGCAGACUUCUCUUUUCGUCUUUCAGUUUAGGAAAUGUUCUCGCUGAGGUACUCUUUCAUUCUUGUAAACAUAGUAUCGUAACAGCCGCAGCGAUGAUUUAUCGUAAUUCUGAACUUUUUAGGUUUUUUUUUUAUUUAGCUAAAUAGCCUCCCGGGAGCAACAGCAGCUGUGAGUGUUAGCUUAGCCUGCUAGCUGGAAGCAGACAGAACUGGAACAAAGCGAGUAGAGAAACACUUUGGUGGAGAACAGAUUGUGUUUCCGGUGGAGAUAAAAGUUUCUGCUGUGAUUGUGGAAAACUUCGGAGCGUUGGAGAAAAGACAACUUAUGUAGAUGGAGGAACCAACACACUGUAGACAGAUGGGCUCUCACUUUCAAGAUGUUCAGCAGCUGUUGGUGAUCAAAGAGGAGCUUCCUGCUGAGGAGCAGAAUCCCCCACAGAUUAAAGAGGAACAGGAGGACGCUGAGAUCAUGCAGUUCACAUUUGAUCCUGCAGCUUUUAAAUGUGAAGAUGAUGAAGGGGAAACUCAGCUCUCCAAUCUUCAUCAUAACCAGACUGAGGAGAACAGACUCUCUGCAGGACCUGAUGAAUUUUUAGAAUCAGACAUUGAAGAUAAAACCUCAGAUUCUUCAGAGACGGAUGUCAGUGAUGGAAACUGGGAGGAGAGUAGUGAAGCUCAGUCAGGUUUGGACUCCACAAAGAAUAGAAUAUUUCCUGUAGGUGAUGCAAGCUGCAGGAAAGGUGAGCUGUUACACAGCUGCACUGAAUGUGGUAAAAUAUUCAGCCGCAGACGAAAUUUGUUACGACACAACAGAAUCCAUACAGGGGUAAAACCCUUCAACUGCUCCAUCUGUAGCAAAGCUUUUAUAUGGAAAAGGGACCUAACAAAACACAUGAGAAUACACAGUGAAGAGAAACCUUUCAGCUGCUCCAUCUGUGGGAAGACGUUCAAAAGGAGAGAGAGUGUACCUCGCCACAUGGCAUGUCACAGUGAAAACAAACCAUUCAGCUGCUCAAUAUGUGGAAAAAAGUUUGGUCGGAAAAAAGGUUUGACGAAUCACAUGUCGAAUCACACUUCAGAGAAACCCUACAGCUGCUCCAUCUGUAACAAGGCUUUUACUUUGAAAGCAACUCUAAUGGAACACACCAGGUUCCACACAGAGGACCGACGGUUUAGCUGUUCUGUCUGCAAAGCGUCUUUCAAAAAAAAAUACUCUUUAGACGUACACACAAAAAUCCACACUGGAGAGAAGCCUUUCAGCUGCUCCACCUGUGGCCGAAGCUUCGGUCAAGUUGUAACUCUGAGGCGUCACAUGAGACGGCACUCUGAAGAAAAACCCUUCAGCUGCCCCUUCUGUGAUGUCAAGUUCAAAUGGAAAAGUGCUUGUGUGACACACAUUAAAAGACAUGCAGCUGAAUAGUCUUUUGGCUUCACAUACAGAGCUGGAAGUUACAGUAAGUUUAGAUAUAACUGUUAUAAAGAAUCAUCAGCUGAUCUGUUAGUACAACCGAUUCGGGGGGCGUUUGGGAAAAUCGUGAUUGGUCUUAUUGACUUGCCUUGAUUGGUUGAAUUUAAUUACAGGAAGUUAAGUUUCACAAAUACUAAUAUUUAAAUAGUUCUGUGGAAUUUGCGACUCUUUAGACAUUAUAGUUUCAAAAUAAUUGUUACUAUUGUUUUUCUUAAUAUUGUUACAGGUCCUGCUGAUGAUAAUUUUGGUGUAGAAUGGCUGAUGCCUGCAGUGGCUGCCGAAUAUAUAGAGUCACGCAGUGAGAGGCUAGCUUGGUCCCCUAGUCUGCAGCGGAGGCUCUCUAAAUUGAAACGUGUCCAGUGCUCUCACCAGCUCGGUGAACUGGUUGCUGCCUGGACAUGCUCCAGACUCAGAGACAGGCAACGCAAACGUCGUGUAUUUCCGUAGCCGAGAUUUGGCAUCCCCAGACACACAACCACGGUGGUGAGUUAACCGUGGCGCUGAUGACUGGGAAGCCAUGGGCUUGGACUUUGCCCGUAGUGGUAUAAGUAUGGCAGCAUGUAACAAGGGACAGGUUGGCCCGAUGCAGGCAGUCUGAUUUCUGGCAGCUGGUCUCUGCCUGCUCCCUCCUCUUAUGGUGGUUCGCUUAGAUACCGUCAGUAGCUUCAUGUCCUGCGACCCAGUGACACAAAAAUAACACCAAAUCAUUCUACUAGAUUACACAGAGGAGACACACUUCUUUUUACGUGAUUUGAAUCCAUUUUUUCAUUUUUAAAGAAUUUCUGUAAUAAAAAUUCAUGAUUUUUUUAAAUACCUUUCAGGUCAUGUGACCCACUUUUAAAAAUAAAUUGAAAUGAAUUGAUCUGUUAAUGUUUAACACAUAAACAUACAUGUUUAUAUAAUAAUAUUCCUUUCCUGUUGCACCAUAGGGUGUUUAUUUGCUUAUCAAUUUUAUUCCCACAGGUUUAUUCCUACCCAGAGGUACUCUUAAUGUCUAUUUUACAUUAAAUUUUUACACAUUGACAAUGAUGAUUCUCAAGGUUUCAACCAUUUUGUAACACUGGGUCACCUGAGCUACAAGCUAUAAAAAAAAACUCAUGAAAUUUGAUUACCGUAUUUUCCGCACUAUAAGGCGCACUUAAAAACCUUUAACUUUUUCAAAAAAUGACAGUGCGCCUUGUAAUCUGGAGUGC